AAUGGCAUACCAAGACUCAAGAUCAUAGUAAUGAACGCGCCGAUCCACGCGUCCACCUGCGCUUUCCUACUGGCGGGCCACGCAGCGGCGUCGAUGCGGCGCUGCUUUCGAUCGGGCCAAUGUGUUCGAGUCCCAGCAAGGCCAGAUGGACCAAACCAGGUCUUUGUUGCUCCUGCGUAGGAUCGUCAGCCUCCAUCGGGACGGGGUCAGCCCAAGGCAGAGACUAUUGGCGGUGGGGAUCUUAUCAUUGGUGGGCGGCGGUUCUGCAGUGGAGCUGGAAAAAAUACACAGUUUCCGUACGCCCCACCGGCGUGCAUGCACCACAAGAAUUGGAUCAGCAAUACUCUGCAGCGUUCAUGCAAUAUAACAUACUUUCUGAUGAAUCUGACGGCGUCUUUUCCAUUACGAACGGAGCGCGAAUUGGCUUCAGCGGACGACAAACCACGCUGAAUGGUUGGGGUCGGGGACGAUAGCGUCCACCCGCACGCAACCCAUCUGCGUUAGCUGCAGGCCAUCCCCCCCCACCGAUCACUGCCCCGAUUUUGGAGAACCCAGAGCUCACCGCAAUCCACCGCAAUGGUACCUUCUGGCGUCUGCCACAAACCGGGAACCGAACUCUGGCUAUAACUCUGCCCCUCCAAGCCCUCGUAAACAAACCGAAAAUCCCAUCAAAUA